AUGUCAGCAGAAGAAUACUACGACGAAGAAGAUCCAUAUGGCUACGAGGAUGACGAAGGGCAAAUUACAGCCGAAGAUUCAUGGACAGUUAUCUCUGCCUUUUUCCGUGAAAAAGGGUUGGUAUCCCAACAAUUAGAUUCUUUCAACCAAUUUAUCAAUUUCACCAUUCAAGAUUUAAUUUUAGAAGACUCCACGUUGAUUCUAGAACAACCAGCUCAACAUACUACUGAAGAAGAUAAUAUGAGUAGAAAAUAUGAAAUUAUUUUUGGCAAGAUUUAUCUAGCAAAACCUUCUAUGACGGAAUCAGAUGGUGUGUCACACGCAAUGUUUCCUCAAGAGGCCCGUCUACGUAAUUUAACAUAUGCCUCUGGUUUAUUUGUCGAAAUUAAAAAAAGAACCUAUGAGGCUGUUGAUAUUCCCGGUAGAGAUUUAAAAUACCAACUAAUUCAGGAGGAGAGUGAAGAGGACGAUUCUGAAAAUAACAAGAUUUUUAUUGGGCGUGUUCCAAUUAUGUUAAGAUCUAAAUACUGUUUAUUAUAUGACCAGACUGAGUCCGAUUUGUACAAACUAAAGGAAUGUCCGUUCGACAUGGGUGGUUAUUUUAUUAUUAAUGGUUCCGAAAAGGUUUUAAUUGCCCAAGAGAGAAGUGCUGGUAAUAUUGUUCAAGUUUUCAAAAAAUCGGCGCCAUCUCCCAUUUCCCAUAUUGCUGAAAUCAGAUCUGCAUUGGAAAAGGGUUCUAGGUUUAUUUCCACUUUGCAGGUUAAAUUAUACGGUCGUGAAGACAGUGCUACAAGAACUAUCAAAGCAACACUACCUUACAUUAAACAAGAUAUUCCCAUUGUCAUUAUAUUUAGAGCGCUUGGUAUCGUUCCUGAUGGUGAAAUUUUGGAACAUAUUUGUUAUGACGUUAACGAUUGGCAAAUGUUUGAAAUGCUAAAACCAUGUGUUGAGGAAGGUUUUGUUAUUCAGGAUCGUGAAACCGCUUUAGAUUUUAUUGGGCGUCGUGGUUCCGCUAUUGGUAUCAAAAAAGAGAAAAGAAUUCAAUACGUCAAAGAUAUUUUGCAAAAAGAGUUUUUGCCACAUAUUACCCAAUUGGAAGGUUUUGAAGGUAGAAAGGCAUUUUUCCUAGGUUAUAUGGUUAAUCGUUUGUUGUUGUGUGCCUUGGAUCGUAAGGAUCAAGACGAUCGUGAUCAUUUCGGUAAAAAAAGAUUAGAUUUGGCUGGCCCGUUACUAGCCCAGUUAUUCAGAACAUUAUUUAAAAAGUUAACAAGAGAUAUUUUCCGUUUCAUGCAGCGUUCUGUUGAGGAAGCCAAAGAUUUUAAUUUGAAGCUAGCCGUUAAAGCAACUACAUUGACCACUGGGCUAAAGUAUGCUUUAGCUACAGGUAAUUGGGGUGAGCAAAAGAAAGCAAUGACUUCCAGAGCCGGUGUUUCCCAAGUUUUGAAUAGGUAUACAUAUUCCUCUACAUUAUCUCAUUUGAGAAGAACCAACACACCCAUUGGUAGAGAUGGUAAGUUGGCCAAGCCUCGUCAAUUGCAUAAUACACAUUGGGGGUUAGUUUGUCCGGCCGAAACACCAGAAGGUCAGGCUUGUGGGUUAGUUAAGAAUUUAAGUUUAAUGUCCUGUAUAUCUGUCGGUACUGACCCAUCCCCUAUUAUUACCUUUUUGAAUGAGUGGGGUAUGGAACCUUUGGAAGAUUAUGUUCCGUACCAGUCACCAGAUGCUACACGUGUUUUUGUUAAUGGUGUAUGGCAUGGUAUCCACAGAAAUCCAGCCAAGUUGGUAGAUACUAUCAAGAAAUUAAGAAGAAGAGGGGAUAUUACACCCGAAGUUUCCAUUGUCAGAGAUAUUCGUGAAAAGGAAUUGAAGAUUUUCACCGACGCGGGCAGAGUUUAUAGACCACUAUUCCUUGUUGAAGAUAAUGAGGACACAGGCAUAAAAGAAUUAAAAGUUAGAAAGGGCCAUAUAAGAAAAUUAAUGAUUACAGAAUAUCAUGAUAUUGAAGGUGGGUUUGACGAAGAAGAUGAGGAUGAUGAUAACGAAAAAACAAACUAUACGUGGUCGUCACUACUUAGCGACGGAUUAGUGGAAUACAUUGACGCUGAAGAAGAGGAAACUAUAUUAAUUGCUAUGCAACGAGAGGAUUUGGAUCCAGGAAUUAGCGCGAAUCCAGACCUUGAAGAAGAGCUGGAUCCGGCCAGACGUAUUAAAAAUAUUUAUCAUGCUAGUACUUUUACACACUGCGAAAUUCAUCCAUCCAUGAUUUUGGGUGUUGCUGCUUCUAUUAUCCCAUUUCCAGAUCAUAACCAAUCUCCUCGUAACACCUAUCAAUCGGCUAUGGGUAAGCAAGCCAUGGGUGUGUUUUUAACAAAUUAUAAUUUCCGUAUGGACACAAUGGCUAAUAUUUUAUACUAUCCACAGAAACCAUUGGGUACCACUCGUGCCAUGGAAUACUUGAAAUUUAGAGAAUUGCCCGCAGGUCAAAAUGCUAUUGUUGCUAUUGCAUGUUAUUCCGGUUAUAACCAAGAAGAUUCUAUGAUUAUGAAUCAAUCAUCCAUUGAUAGAGGUUUAUUUAGGUCUUUAUUUUUCAGAUCUUACAUGGACCAAGAAAAAAGAAUUGGUAUGUCGAUUACUGAAUCUUUUGAAAAGCCACAUCGUACGAAUACUUUAAGAAUGAAACAUGGUACAUAUGACAAGUUGGACGAUGAUGGAUUAAUGUCACCAGGUGUUAGAGUAUCUGGUGACGAUAUUAUUAUCGGUAAAACUACUCCGAUAGCACCAGAUACCGAAGAAUUAGGUUUAAGAACCGCAUUUCACACCAAAAGGGAUGCUUCUACUCCACUAAGAAGUACUGAAAAUGGUAUUAUCGACCAAGUUUUAAUUACCACUAACCAAGAAGGGUUGAAAUUUGUCAAAGUGCGUGUCAGAACAACCAAAGUUCCACAGAUUGGGGAUAAAUUUGCCUCUCGUCAUGGUCAAAAGGGUACUAUUGGUAUUACAUAUCGCAGAGAAGAUAUGCCAUUUACGGCAGAAGGUAUAGUUCCCGAUUUAAUUAUCAAUCCACAUGCCAUUCCAUCUCGUAUGACGGUUGCACAUUUAAUUGAAUGUUUAUUAAGUAAAGUUGCUGCAUUAAGUGGUAACGAGGGUGAUGCUUCUCCAUUUACCGAUAUUACUGUAGAUGGUAUAUCCAGAUUACUACGUGAACAUGGUUAUCAAUCCCGUGGUUUUGAAGUUAUGUAUAACGGUCAUACCGGUAAGAAGUUAAUGGCACAAAUAUUUUUUGGUCCAACGUAUUAUCAACGUUUGAGACAUAUGGUCGAUGAUAAGAUUCAUGCAAGAGCACGUGGUCCUGUGCAAGUUUUAACAAGACAGCCGGUGGAAGGUAGAAGUAGAGAUGGUGGUUUGAGAUUCGGAGAAAUGGAACGUGAUUGUAUGAUUGCACAUGGUGCAGCAGCAUUUUUGAAAGAAAGGUUGAUGGAGGCAUCAGAUGCAUUCAGGGUACAUAUAUGUGGUAUUUGUGGGUUGAUGACUGUUGUAGCUAAGUUGAAGCACCAACAAUAUGAGUGCCGUGGUUGUAAGAAUAAGAUUGAUAUAUAUCAAAUUCAUAUUCCAUACGCUGCCAAAUUGUUAUUCCAAGAGUUGAUGGCCAUGAACCUUACACCUCGUCUAUAUACUGAACGUUCAAGAGAUUUUUAG